AUGGAGCUCAUACAACAAACGUCUUCCCCUGACACUGUUGGUGAUUUUCUACGAGAAUUAUUGGGUGGGAAAGAAUAUAAUCGAACAGAAGCGACACGACUACAGAUACGACGACCGUUACGUUUAAAGACACUUUUUAGUACAAUUAUUGGCCAAUUACCAGAGACGGAACAAAUUCGAGCAUUAGAGGCACUUAUUAGUCUUGUACGUAGCAGUUGUGGAAAUGUCGAAGCUUGUUCAACUGCAGGUUUACAGCAUGAAAUUCUCGGAUUUCUUAGUGAGCGAGGUUUAUUUCCCGAUCCACAAUUACCUCAUACAGUAUUGAAGAAACUAUUGAAAGUCUUUCUCUACUUGGCUUAUCAUUCUGUAAGUAUUGAUGAUAUUCAAGCCAUGCUCAAGGUCUUUCGUAGUAAUCGCAUGGUACAUCAAGAACCAGAUGAUCAAGCUGUGAGUUAUUACUUGUCGACACUCGAGAUGAUUGCCCGUGAUUCGUUUGGACCGGCGUCCUUUUUUGAUCUAAAUGGUGAAUUCUCGGGACUUUUAAUGCCAGUGCUCCCAGCAUUUCCAAAUAAUGGAUAUACCUUUUGUGCGUGGAUCAAGUUUGAGCUUUUACCCGAAGAAGUGGCACCAUUGUUUACGUUUUGUGGAAAAACUGGAGUCGGCAUCAUGUGCUCAUUCUUACGCUCGUCGCUCAUGAUUACGAGUUUUGAUAAACGGAAAAAUGAUGGACACGUGGAAGUUCCGGAUCUUGUAACACUUGGUAGGUGGCACUUUCUGUGUAUCACGCACACACAUCGUCAAUUCCGUGGAUCAAAGCUGGAUGUGUAUCUUAACUCGGAAUUGCGCCAGAGUGUGCGGUUGGCAUACCCGAACACAGCCCUCAUGGCUCCUGUUGUAAAGGCAUAUCUGGCUAUGCGCGAAAGUAAUGGUUUCAACUCGCUACGGAUCUUACUCGGGCCCACGGCGCUCUUUGGACAGGCUUUGCCUGCUAGCAUCAUCAAUAGUAUUCACAAUGUCGACGAGUACGAUGCGCUAGUGUUCCAAUUUAACUCCUACAUUUCUUCGUCAUCCACGUCAUCCAGUGCUGGUGUCAAUGGGGCACUCGGGACUUCGGGAGGACUUAACGCUCCUGGGAGCUCGACUGACGGAUUGCUGCUUGCCUAUGAUGCCCGCCACUGCGAUCGACUAAAAGGGUUGUGCUAUGAUUCUAGCGGUAAUGACUACCAUGCAGCUGCUGCUAGUGCAGGAGUUCGAUUGAGGCAUGCUGGAACGUUUAAGCAAGCGGUGGCACAGUUAGGUGGUCCGCUUGUGUUUCUUCCGUUGUUAGUGACAUCUACUAUUGCCAUUGUUUCUACUGUGAAUGCUACAGCGACCACUUUGAGCGCAAACGACGCAACAAAGUCAUCUGCAGCUACUGGAAACACUUUGACAGGACCAAGUGGUGCUUUAACGACACAGUUCGACGAGGAUUCAGACUUCCUAAAACAGAUGAGUGACCUGCUUGCGCGUCCGAUGGGUGUGCGCAGUAUUCCGAUAGUUGUGUUGCUAAUCGCUGAGAUUAUGCGCCAUUCGCUCGUCAAUAAGUUUAUCUUCCGACGCAGUCAAGGCGUUCGCCUUAUGGCACUGUUGAUGCGUUCGUUGCCACCAGAGUACUUGACACCCGAUCUAUUAAUUGCAAUUGAGCGGUUGCGCAGCGCUGUGAUUUCGGACCGAAUUUUGGCGGACGAGAUAUAUAAGUUCUUACUAUUCAAUUUUCGGGUUUGGGUGAACGCGCCUGUGGAUCUUCAGGACAUUAUGUUUGACAAGCUGGAAAUAAUGACCCGUAAGGACAGCACGAACUUGUCCCCAGCUUCUACACGCCAUUUUUUACGUUGUUUGUCGUGGAUUUACUGGAAGGUUCCCACUUCAACAUCACUCCGACGCGCCCGGAAAUUCUCUUCCGGGGAGAUUGAUCUGCUGCGGAAGCGUGUACUGGCGAUGAUUCAGAUCGUACUAUGUGAAUCCCCUCCGGCAAAAAUUGCUGGGUCAGUGAUGCCGUUUCCUCCAAAGGGCAAGGAGAUAAAGUCUCAGCUGUCCUACGAAAGCACGCGCACUCUUAUCUUCUGCAUGAUCGGUAAGCCUAGCAAUCCCAUGAUCCCUGGACUGAACAUUGAUGGAACACCGACCAUCCAUGAGAUAGGACCGUCAAACGGGGCAUCAUCGUCGGCAACUGUCUCGUCCUCACCAAGCGCUAAGAGCAUGCCUGAGAGUGAUCUCGACUUUUGUGGUUCAGUCAUAGAAAAUGUGCCAGAAAUUGAUUUGCCCGAUUUGCUGCAAUUAUUGAUUGAGCUAUCGGUGCAGUCUACGGCUCCUGCAGGAAUGCUGGACCUCUUUGGUCGCUUGGGGGGGCCUUCGUAUCUGGUUGCCAUUGCUGGGGUUUUCGAACGAUAUCAUUCGCGUGAUGACUCUGCGAUUGCUGCGCACGUACUUGUUUUUGAAAUGCGAGUGUAG